AUGGAGCUAUUGCGGGCGAUGCAUGGUACAGAGCUCAAUACAUUUUACAAGGUCAAAAAAUCGGUCAUUAUAUGCACUUACCGCCAAAAGCUGUUUUCUUUUCUCAAAUCUUUGGUGAGUUAA